CAGAAGAUCCGUGUAAGGAAGGAAGUUAGCUUCACGCGCUCCCGAGUCCUGAGCCACUUCCAUGGGAACGAGCGGGGCUCGACUCCGCAGUCUUUGCGUGUCCUUAUACGUCCAAGUGGGAAGUCCAGCGGGACGCUCGGUGGACCUUUAACGUGAGCUGUCAAGUCGGCAGCAUGUUUACUAAGGAGUCCCUGGACUCGGUGGGCGUUGAGUCCACAUGGAGGAAAUCUCAGAAGCUCGCUCACGAGACGAAAGGCUGUCAGACCAGAACAGUGCACAGUGCCAACGCUGAAGUCCAGACUGGGUCCACUACUGUGAGCAGUAGCCAGACAGAACCACAGGAUCAGCGACUGGAGCAACACCUCUCCCACAGCGUCCACAAGCUGGAGAUAUCGGGCUUAAAUACAUUCCUUCAUCAAGUUGAAGAUGUGGUUAUCAAGGAGUUGUCCAGGAAUACUAAGAGUCACGCCUUUGAUGGGUUCCAGGUGAAUUGGGAAGACCAGAGUCAGUCGGUCUCAUGUACGCAUUGCCUUCAACAUCCUGGUGCCAAAGAGAGGGGUCUUCAUGUAACCUGUCUAACCUGGAACUGCACAGGCUCCAUUAUUGCCUGUGCCUAUGGUCGUAUUGACGAUGGAGACUGGAGCAAUGAGAGUUCAUAUGUGUGCACCUGGAAUCUGGAUCGUCAGUGUGUGAAUCAGAACCAACCAGACCUGAUCAUAGAUGUUGCUGCUGCAGUUACAGCUCUCUCUUUUCACCCUAUCCAUCCCUCGCUCAUCGCAGGGGGUCUGUACACUGGAGAGGUAUUGGCCUGGGACAUCAGUCAGACGCAGGACCCUGUAGUGGCCCAAGCUGGAAUGUCUGCAGACAGUCAUCGAGAAGCAGUAUAUCAGGUUGACUGGGUGCCUGUUCAGGAGACAGGAGAGCUCGGGGUGCUGAGUGCCAGCUCUGGGGGGAAGGUCCUGAUCUGGAUGUUGGAUUCAGCCCAAGGGAGGUUCGUUCUGAGCUCGGGCUUUGCCUUCGUUAGACAACAGCUGCCCCACAGCAGCAGUGCACACAUCCAGGCCUGGAGGAACAUGUAUGCGGGUGUUACUUCACUAGCCCUGUCUCCCUGGGAUCCAGACACUUUUCUAGUGGGCUCAGAGGGCGGCCUGCUACUCAGAUGUUCCUUCUCAGCUGAAACCCCGGCUGCAGUAUCAACUGAAGGGCAGAGUGUGGCGCUAAGAGCUCCAGCUGUCUUCUCGUUCAAGCCACGUGGCAGCCCAGUCCACUCUAUACACUGCUCUCCUUUCCACAGGAACCUGUUCCUGAGCGUGGGUGCAGACGGCAUGGCACACCUGCACUCUCUGCUGCAGGCCCAGCCUCUGCUCUCCCUGCGGGUGUCCGACUCGUAUGUGUUCCAUGUGCGCUGGUCUCCAGCCAGGCCUGUGGUGUUCGCUGCUGCCACUGCACAAGGUGUCGUACAGAUAUUUGACCUGGGCCAGAGGUCCCUUCGACCAGCAGCAACAAUAGAACAGAACUCUGCAGGCCAAGCAGCCACUUGUCUGGCCUUCAACUCCAGGAACACUCGCCUGCUGGCAGUGGGCGGCACAGAUGGACAGGUUAACAUCUGGCACCUGAGCACCGACCUGACGGAACAACGGCCUCAAGACAUGGCUCAUCUUGAGCAGCUAGCGAAUGAAGUGGCAGAAUAA